AACUUUGGUAGAAAUACAGACACAGGGUGUCAGAGCCAGCCGGAAAAGAGUAUUUAAGGGGACGACAUUUGUUGUUUAUUAAAAAAAAGACUGCGUAAAGGACAUGAUUUCAAUUUAUUCAUUUUUGCCUGCGAGUACUGCAUAUAUGUAUAAGGUUUUUCUUCCUGUGAGGUUUAUAUUGACAUGUUACUUAAAUUUGCAGCAUAAUCUCUACAUGUAUUGGGAUCAAUGAUCACAAAAGGACGUGGGUUGAUUCUGCGUGACGAUUAACGCACGUGUACCAGUUAAAGAAAGUAAACUAAUCUUAAUAGUUGAAUCAUAUUAAAUUAAGAUACAAAAGAAAUUCAAAACGAUAAAAUCGUGGAUUUUAAAUAAGAUUGUAUUGAUUUUGCAGCCGUUAGAAGGCAGGAGUUUACGGGAGCGAAUAAGUGAAGACAUUGCACAUUGCAGUUGGCAUGUACACGUUUGAAUUUUGUGUAAGUUAUUUUUAAAAUUUUUUUUAACAAAACACGUAAUUAAUCAGCGAGGGUAAAUUUAUUUUCAUUUUUCACUAGGCCUAAUAAUGGAUUUAAAAAGGCGAGUACAAUGUGAAUUUUUAAAGAGCAGCAGCAGCAAUGCUACUGUGGGGGCACAACAACUUUCACGUUGAGGGCGCAUUCUAGUAGAUGAAGCGUCUGGUUAAUUCUUGACAAUGAGGGCGGCAUAUAAUAACAAAACCGUGGCACGAGCUUUUAGGAACUACGAUUCGAUAGUGAUAGUUCGAAGAAUGGUCUGCGAUUGCAGGUGAGAUGGCACAUCAGAGACUUCAAGCUCAAUGGCAGAGACUUGUUGCAUUCAAUCAGUGCCAGGAUUCCGUUCAGAGUAAUGAGUGGUGGAUACGAUUACGAAAUCAUUACAGUGAGGGCGCUAGACAGUACCACACCCUUGAGCAUAUCGAUAACAUGUUUAGCCUGUAUGAGGAGAACAGGAAGAAGCUAACGUCAGCAGAGGAAGUUGGAUGGGCCAUCGUUUUCCAUGACGUCAUCUACAACCCCAAAGCUAGGGACAACGAAGACCAAAGUGCAGAACUUUUCCAGACAUUUGCCAGCGAGUGCCUGCCAGAGAGUCCAAGUUCCAUGACCCAGCGAGUCAAGGAACUGAUCCUCAUGACAAAAACUCACCACACGGAGGCACAUCAAGUCCCAAACAUGUAUGGCGAAGGAGAUGAGCAUUACUUCCUAGAUUUUGACAUGCAAGUUCUGGGAUGGUCUAGCGACGAUUAUGAUGUUUAUGCUCAGCAGAUAAGACAAGAGUACAUCCAUGUACCAGAGCAAUUCUACUGCUCUGCUAGAGCACAGGUUUUGAGGACAUUUCUCAAGACGGCAAACAUCUAUGCCACGAGAGAAUUCCGUGACUUGUACGAGGUGCAAGCAAGGGCCAAUAUUGAGAGGGAAAUAGAAAGGCUUGAGGGCAGCUAAAACAAUUCAAAUAGAGAGAAUGAUGCUGAAAGAAUUGACUUGUCAUGGGAAAGACAGGUGCAAGAGUGAAAAGAGACAAAAUAUGGUACACAGAACAUUGCCUGAAAAGUGAUCCACACUUAGGACAUCAUCUUGAUCCAGUUUAUCAUUAAAACAUAUCGAGUGGACAACCUGGUGACCAGGCAGAAGGGUAAAGUGGAGAGUUUUACAGGUUGUAAGCCAAUUGACAGGUUAAAGCCAAUUUACAAGUUGUAUGCCAAUUUAGACGUGUUUGGGGGCCAAUUUAUGUCAGAUAAUAAAAUUUGAAGUUGUGCCUUAAAUAUUUUCUAAUUGCUUUUUUAUUAAAGAUGGGCAAACUUGCCUGAACACAGGAGAAUAUAUUUUAUAUGAAAAUAAAGUCAACACUUCAAUUA